GAUUAUGCCAAAUCAUAUACAGCAACACCUUCCGAGACCGACAUCUUUGAACUUUUACUUUCAUUAGUCAAUUCAUCAAGUACCACCUCGAAUGUUCGGAAUCCCUCGGAACUCCUUGAAGAUGUUGUAAACAAGCAUGGUCUUACUGGUGUGGAAAAUGAUGGCACUGGAGAUUGCCUGUUUCAAGCCUUGUCUCAUCAAAUGGCCUAUACACAGACAGCCAAUAUAGACCACAGAGACUUGCGACAGAAUCUAGUAACUUAUGUCAUGCAUCAUCCACAAUUGCCAAAUGGAGAGCAUGUGACAACACAGUUUGACACUACCAUCAUGAAUGACUGGGAAAAGUACAUCUCC